AGUCCAAGAAGCCAAUGUCUCCGCCUAUCAGCAUGGCCCGAUAGCCACCAGCCGGAUCAUCCAUGCUCUUGAUAUUCUCACUGGGUAUUCCACACUUAUUCUGGAAAAGAAAUUUCCUUCUGCAAUCAUUGUCGGUGUUAAGAAGGCUGGCACUAGGGCUUUGUUAGAAUUUCUUCGACUGAAUGCAAAUAUUCGAGCACCAGGACCAGAAGUGCAUUUUUUCGACAAAAACUAUCACAGAGGACUUGAAUGGUACAGGGAAAAGAUGCCACUGACCACCAAACAUCAGUUGACGAUCGAAAAGAGUCCGGCGUAUUUCCACAGCAAAACUGCAGCCGAGCGUAUCCGAGCGCUGAAUCCAGCAAUGAAAAUCAUCGUCGUGGUCAGGAAUCCGGUAAUGAGAGCGAUCUCAGGUAUUAUACUCAAAAAAGCACUGGGAAGAAUGCCGACAUUCGAAGACAUGGCCGUCGGCGACUGUCAAUACGUAUUGGGAUAUACCACCAAUACAUGGAGAGGUAUUACAUGGCUGGAUAACUUUCCAAUGGAUCAAAUCCACAUCGUGGACGGAGAGCGGUUGGUUUCAGCACCGGCUCUCGAGGUCAGUCAGACCGAGAGGUUCCUCGGGCUUGAACCAGUGGUGACAGAAGAGGAUUUCGGCAUUCAUCCGGUGAAGAAGUUUCCAUGUAUCCGUCAGCGUGAUGGCAGUCUUCAUUGUCUGGGAAGAACUAAGGGUCGUGAGCAUCCCAAGAUCAGACGCGAAGUGUUAAAACGUUUGAAGCGCUUUUAUGAUGGGAAGAAUCAACUCUUCUUUCGGAUGAUCAAUCGCUCUUUCGUAUGGUAG